AUGUUGGGAGAAAAGGCACAAGGCGUUCCAUUGAUGGUAGGCGUAAUGGACUACACCUAUGAUGAAGAUUUGGAAGAAUUGUGUCCUGUUUGUGGAGAUAAGGUCUCAGGAUACCACUAUGGACUCCUUACUUGUGAAAGUUGUAAGGGCUUCUUCAAGAGGACAGUCCAAAACAAGAAGAGGUAUACUUGUGCAGAAAACCAGGAGUGUAAAAUAGACAAAACACAGCGGAAGAGAUGUCCCUGCUGCCGAUUCCAGAAAUGCCUCGAUGUUGGCAUGAGAUUAGAAGCUGUGCGUGCAGACCGCAUGCGUGGGGGCAGGAAUAAGUUUGGGCCCAUGUACAAGCGGGACAGAGCCAUGAAGCAGCAGAAGAAGGCUUUGAUACGUUCCACGGGCUUCAAGCUGGAGUCUGCUCCUCCACAGCUCUCCCCUGUACAGACUAACUAUGGCUUCACUGGCACCCUGCACAGCCUCCCAUCCCUCCCCAAAGGACUCAUGCCCUCCAUCCCAGCCUCCAUCACCCCCACAGACUAUGAGUCCAGCCUCUACGGACCCUCCUCCCUGGGGGUGGCCAUGCAGCCCCAUGGACCCCUGCCUACCCAGUACCAGUGCACAGCAUUCCCCAGCAGGGCCAUCAAGUCUGAGUACUCUGACCACCACACAAGCUCCCCAGAGUCUCUGGUGGGGUACCCCUUUCCGGAUGUGUACCCCUCCGGAGGCUCCCCACAGCCUCCCACCCUCUCCCCACUGGUGCUAGAGCUGCUGCGCUGCGACCCAGACGAGAUGCAGGUGCAGGGUAAGAUCAUGACCUUCCUGCAGCAGGAGCAGAGUGGCCGGGGCCGGCAGGACAGGCUCAGUACCUUCAGCCUAAUGUGUCGCAUGGCUGACCAGACUCUGUUCUCCAUAGUGGAGUGGGCCAGGAGCUGCAUCUUCUUCAAGGAGCUCAAGGUAGGGGACCAGAUGAAGCUUCUUCACAACUGCUGGUCUGAGCUGCUGGUCCUGGACCAUGUCUUCAGACAAGUGCAACAUGGGAAGGAGAGCAGCCUGCUGCUGGUUACUGGCCAGGAGAUGGAUCUGUCAUCCAUGGGGUCACAGGCGGGGUUGAGUCUGUCAGGCCUGGUCCAGAGAGGACAGGAGCUAGCUGGGAGGCUACUAGCCCUGCAGGUGGACAGGAGAGAGGUUGCCUGCCUCAAGUUCCUCCUCCUCUUCAAUCCCAAUGUGAAGCUGUUGGAGAACCAGGUGUUUGUGGAGAGUGUUCAGGAGCAGGUGAAUGGGGCUCUGCUGGAGUACACUGUGUGCACCUACCCCCUGUACCUGGACAAGUUCAGCCAGCUGGUGCUGCGUCUGCCAGAGCUGCGAGCCCUCAGCACCCAGGCAGAGGACUACCUGUGCUACAAACACCUGAGUGGGGAGGUGCCCUGCAACAACCUGCUCAUUGAGAUGCUGCAUGCCAAGAAGGCCUGUAUAUGA